CGUAGUCGGAUGCACACCGGCUUACGGUGCGAGGGGUCCUGGGUUCGAGUCCCAGGUAAGGCAUGGGUGUACUAUAUAUAUUCUGAUAUUUGAUAACGACUUGAAAUUGAGAUUCACACUGAAUAUAAUGACCCUUUGGCUGUUGGCGAAAGCUGUAGGCCACAAUAAUUAAUAAAAAAAAAAGUUACUCGUUACUAGAUGCCUCGUUGCUAGAUGCCGCACCCGUUACUCAGUAACGAAUACAUACGGUUUGCUACAGCUCUAGUUUGUUGUAUCCAUGGAAUGUUGUAUCUGUGGAUGGGAAAAUUUUUGACUUAAAAAUGUAUUUGCGUUUAAAAUGUCAGAAGUAAAAUAAUUAUGCGUUUAAUUCGGUGAAGCAAAUCGAUAGACACAUGAAAUCUGUAAAAUUCUUGAAAAGGAAAACAAUACGUUGCCGAUUACCUAUUGUGGACAUUUAAUAAAUCUUGAAUCGGGUGGCGCCGGUGCUGCAGCGAUGCCGGGCAGCGUGGUGCGCGGACUGCUGCGCAGACAGGCGCGGGAGCCCGUCCCGGGCCGAGUGCCGCCCGUGCUGGAGGCCGCGGCCGAGGACCGCUUGCUGGUCAAGAGCCACGUCGAGUCGCGGUGUGAGCUCCCUGGCAUCGCUCGCUCCACCUACCUCAUGGUCUUCAGUCCUGACGGGAGGAAGAUAGCGUCGACGCACGGGAACCAUAGCGUGUACAUAACGGACGUGAAGACCGGCAAGAACCUGAACAUCCUGGCGGGCCACCCUCGGACCCCGUGGUGCAUAGCGUUCCACCCGUCGUCCACCCAGAUCCUGGCGACGGGCUGCCUGGGGGGGCAGGUGCGGGUGUGGGACCUGCACGGCGGCAGCGAGGUGUGGACCGCGCGCGGGGAGACCGUCAUCGCGUCGCUGGCCUUCCAUCCCGUGGACCAAGUGCUGGUCAUCGCCACGUACAACGAGCUGUACUUCUGGGACUGGAGCAAGCCCGCACCCUUCGCCAAGUGCCACACGGCCAACGAGAAGGAGAAAGUCAGGUACGUGUCCUUCGACAAGAGCGGCUGCCGCCUGGUGACGGGCAUCUCCAACGCCACUGCCCCCGUGUCGCAGUGGGACCGGGGCGGGCCGGAGGAGGAGUGGGGGCGUGCCAUCGCCUCGCACUUGCGCGCGCUGCUGGCCCACUACGAGCGCCUCUUGGAGCAGCUGGCCCCGCGCCCCGCCCCCGUGGUGGAUCGUGGCACGGACCCCAUGGAGACGGACACGGGCCCAAGUGAUGCACGGUCCAGCACGGCACCGGGCCGGCCGGGCUCGAGGGAGCGAGACACCAUCGUGGAUUGCUACAACAUCACCAGAGAGGCGGACGAGAUGGUGGAGCAGCUGAGGAGGCAGGAGGACGCAGCGGCCGGAAGCAGCCGGGGCCCGGGGAGCUCUGGCUCUGCAUGUGCUCACGGCUCUCAACGCAGCUCGGGCAGAGUGCGGCGGUCGGAAACUGAACUCGCGUCGUUGCGCAGAAGUUUUGUGGAAACGGUCACCAUUUUAGAAGAAGCCAGCCAGUUGCGUGACGAGCGUGCGUCUGCCGGAAGCCACCGGAGGCGGUGCAUUUCCAUGCUGCUGGAGAGUUUGAAAGAUAAUCGCGAGCACGAGGACGCUGGUUCCAGCAGCGACUCGAGUUGCGACGCUCGGACGCGUGCGGCAGUGAGUGACGCGGAGGAGCCGAGAGAGCCGGACGACACGGGCGGUGAGACCGCUUCUGGAAACAGUCGUGAGUACGGCUGUGUGUCUGAAAAUUUGGCUUCCAUAUUAAUGCCUGUUUGCGAUACUUUGGAAGACGAAGAUGAGCCAAACAUUCUCUUGGUGCAGAAAGCUGUAAGAGACUAUUUUGAAACAUUAAUUGCUAGACUUAGUAACAUUGUUUCCACAUUGUCUACAGAUCCAGUUGUCUUAAGUUCCACGAUAGAUGAUGAGCUGAUUUUGAUUAAAGCAUACCUGAGCAGGAUGAGAACGUUAUAUGUGAAAAGCUCUUUGAUAAGAGACAUGCCAACAUGUUCGCAGAGUAGUAAUAGUAGUAGACACAGUAUUUUGUAUCGCAUUGAUAAAGCUUCAAAUGAAAUUUCGACUUUAAGAUCUAAUAAGGCAACAAACUUAAGUUCACGUCCCACAGUCUUUAAUUCUUCUUUGUAUGAAAAAUUGAAGAAGUUUUUCAAUCAAAAAACUACAGACACCAACAAGUUUGCACAGAGUGGUGUGUCAACCUUGAGAGACGACACUGUUGUUCAAGAUGAAGAGAACCUUGUAGGAGCAGGUUCAGGAAGUAAAGGUACCAGCUCAUCAACCUUCACUUACUCUAGCGUGGAAGAUAAUGCAUCGUUACAGAGUGAUGUUCCUGUGAGUGGUGACACUGUUGUUCAAGCUGAAGAGAACCUUGUAGAAGCAGGUUCAGGAAGUAAAGGUACCAGCUCAUCAACCUUCACUUUCUCUAGCAUGGAAGAUAAUGUAUCGUUACAGAGUGAUGUUCCUGUGAGUGGCGACACUGUUGUUCAAGAUGAAGAGAACAAUGUAGAAGCAGGUUCAGGAAGUAAAGGUACCAGCUCAUCAACCUUCACUUACUCUAGCAUGGAAGAUAAUGUAUCGUUACAGAGUGAUGUUCCUGUGAGUGGCGACACUGUUGUUCAAGCUGAAGAGAACCUUGUAGGAGCAGGUUCAGGGUUUGGCAUGGAAGGUGACGGUGAGCCCCGCCCACCGACCCAGUCCCAAACAAGUGGCACAGCAACUGAUGGUUUGGCCUUCUCUGAGUACUCUGCUACUAAUGCAAGUGAUUCUCAGGACGGGAAUGCUGUGAAGCAGGAACACUCAUUUACUGGCUCUGAAUUGCAGGAAACGUCAUCGAGACACUGCACGAAUAUGAUGGUUUUAGAUAUUCAUCAGAAAACUGAAAGUCUGAUAAAAUCGCUGAACUCGGCGAGAAGUGCGGUGAAGAUGAUGCGCGCGAGUGGCUCUGUGCCCAGCAGUUCGAGCGCGCCGGAUGCCUCUCCGGUCUCGGGGCACGACCUGCGAGCCCAGGCCAUGGCCGCGGAUGAAGAUGCUGCCCACCUCAUCAGCAAGGUGUGCAACUGGAGGUCCCUGAGUCUCGGCGAGUGUCGCAGCGCCCCGAGCGUGGAUCGAGCGGAGAUGCAGCGUGCCAGGUCCUCGUUCGAGCUCUCCCUCAUCAGUCUGGAGGUGAGAUCCGCGACUCGCAGGAUCCACGAGUUGGUCUCCGCGCACGGCUCUCGCGCGAGCUCUCCGUCGUACUGGAGCGGGACGGUGGGUGCCGCAAGGUUGAGCGUGGCAUCAGCUUAUGACCGGCUGGUGAGACUGCGAGCGAGGAUCGGCACGGAGGACCCAUCGCAGCUGCCGGAGUCUGUGAUGGAGCAGGAGAUGUCUGAACUGAACACCAGGAUAAGCAGGUGGCUUGCGAGCCGCCCGGGGAACAGCAGCCGGCCCGGUCCGGCCGGCACCGGGAGCAGUGUUGCUGCCUUCGUACAGAAGAGUCCCUCGUUUGUCUCCAAGCUGAGCGAGAUCAUAAACGACAGACUGCGCACCGUGUCGGGCGAGGAGGGGCCAGGACCCGCACGUGCACACGGCGAAACGGAGGAGCAACCCUCGGAGCGCAGCCACCGAGGGGGGUGGACGUACUUCCCCAGAAGACCGAGGCCCGAGGAACGGUUCUACGUGUCGCCGAGAUCUGCCUUCCAGCCACACGUGCGACGAGCAGAGUCGACCGGGCUGGGACACGUGGAGCAGAGCAUCGACCGGCUGAGCCGCAACUUGGACGACACCUUGCGCCUCUGCAGGGCCCACCUGGAGGAGCUGGAGCUGCAGCAGCUGCAGCAGCUGUGGGCCGACCUGCGCGCCCACGUGCGCUCCCUGCAGGACCGGCCCGGCCCCGCCCACAGGGCGUGUGGGCCGGCGCGGACCCAGGCGUGCCUCUUCAAGGUCAGCCCCAACCGUGCCAGUCGAAUCAAACGACCCUCCAGCAGUGACCGAAGCAGGCAGCCAGCAGCCAGCAGCCAGAGUUCCCGCAGCAACCCUGACCAGUACAGGCAGCCGUUCUGGACCAUGAUGCAACACCUGGAGUCCCUGGUGGUGCGUCACAACGAGCAGCAGCAGCGAUUCCAGCACGAGUUGGCAGCCCUGCGAGCCUCUUCCGUCAGGCAGCACGCUCCAGCCAGAGACGAUUUGUACGAGCUACUGCAGCUAGCCUUGCAGAUAACAGGAGUUCUGCUGACCCGACUAGUCAAUUCAAGCCGGAGGGUGGAGUCCUCCGGGCGGGAAGCGCGGGAGCCACGGGAGCCACGCCCCUUCACGGUGCCGGCGGUGCGGGUGAACGACGUCCCCGUGAGCGACACGGCUCCGCGCCGGGCGGUGCGUCUGUCGUCGCCCCCGCGCUACCAGCACCUGUACGGGGACCACGCCCGCCCCCGCUUCCUGCACCCCCGCCACGUGGCCUGGGCCGAGCCGGACAGCCCCUACCUCGGCCCGCCCGUCGUGCUCCGAGAUGUGUCGUCGCCCCAGACUCACCGCAUCCAGCUGUGGGACUUCUCCCAGUUCUGCCUACCGGACAUCAGCAAGGCGGACGAGAAUGUGGUGGUGUCGGAGUGCAAGAUACACAACGAUGCCAGCAUCGACGUAUCCAAAGAUGGCUUCAUGUUGGCUGCCCUGUUGCCAUCAGACCACUACGAAAAUUUCACCAACACCUUAGGCGUGUACAGCCUGCUGCCCGAGAGCCGUGGCCAGUGCCUGUACACCACCAGCCUGGAGCAGAACGCCGUGUCAGUGAGCUUCUCGCCCACGGCACGGCACCUGCUGAUAGGCGUGGCCAUCAACCGCGCCACGCUGCUCAGCACAGACUCCAACUCCCUGGCUCGCGUCUACCGGCUGAGCGGUAGCGCGGGCAGCGUGUCGCGUGUGCGCAGCUUCGAGCGCACGCGCGAGCACGCCUACAUGAGCAUCAACUGUAUCCGCUGGCUGCCGGCGGCGGGCCAGGGCUUCGUGUACGGCACCAACACGGGCCAGCUGCGCAUCCUGCGCUAGAGCCACCCCUCUCGUGCUGUGUACUUCUCUCUCUAGGUACUCAAUAAAUACAAAUACAAUUA